AUGGCGAAUCGACCACAUCUGUAUUGGCUUCCUUGUGCAGCCCACUGCAUAGAUCUCGUGUUGGAGGAUGUAGGAAAACUUCUUAUGGUAAAAUCUGCAAUCAAGAACUGCAUCUACAUGAACGACUACAUCUAUAGUCACACUUCUCUUGUGAAUAUGAUGAGCAAAUUCACAAACCAAGCAAAUCUACAUAGACCAACAGUUACUCGGUUUGCUACAUCAUUCAUCACACUUGCGCAGUAUCACAAGCAAAGGAAAAACUUGAGGAGUUUUGUAACUUCUGAAGAAUGGAAUGAUUCAAAGUGGCCAAAGGAUUUAGGAGCAAUGAAUGUGAAAAAGUUCAUCAUGAGUGACAGAUUUUGGCACAGCGUGUUGUAUGCACUGAAGUUGACAGGUCCUCUACUUAAGGUUCUUAGGUUGGUUGAUGGAGAGAAAAAACCAGCUAUGGGGUACAUUUAUGAAGCCAUGGAUAGGGCUAAAGAGUAUAAUCUAGAGUCUGGGGUCAACUGUGAAGAGGUUGUGAAAGGUCUCUACGAUGUUCUUGAAAGGUUGGUUCUUGAACUUGCAUCUCAAGAUAAGAUAGACACAGAGUUGACGGUGUUUAAAAAUGCUGAAGGGCUCUUUGGGUUUUCCAUGGCGAAAAGACAAAGGAAGUUAAAAGCACCAACUGAGUGGUGGUCUUCUUAUGGAGGAUCUACACCAACACUUAGAGACUUUGCUAUUAAGGUUCUUAGUCUCACUUGUAGUGCAACUGGUUGUGAGAGAAACUGGAGUGUGUUUCAACAUCUCCAUACCAAGAAAAGGAAUCGAUUGGCUCUAGAACGGUUGAAUGAUCUGGUGUUUGUUAAGUACAAUCGCACUUUACAACGCCGUUACAAGCUGAAAGACACCAUUGAUCCAAUCAUCUUAGAAGAUAUUGAUGAUUGUAAUGAGUGGCUGGUUGGAAGAAUGGAUGAAGAGUCUACUGUUGAGUAUGAUCUAGUGUUUGAAGAUGAUGAUUUAACAUGGGAUGUGGUAAGCAAAGCAUCUGGAGCUAAUGAGCCUAACUAUCUUACUAGAGCUAAAAAAACAUCAUCACAAUCGGCAAAUAGAGCUAAGAAAGGGAAGAUUAUAGCCUCAAGCUCCAAUCCUCCUCCAAGAUCAUCUCAAAGGUCUUCUACAACUCCACUGACUUUGAUAGAUGAAGAUGAUGAGAAUGAAAUUGAAGAAGACUUUACAGGAGGAGAUGAGGACACUCAAGUGGAUGUGGAAGAUGUUGAGUAUGAUGUUGGAUUGGUUGUUUCUUUGUUUUUUCAGUAUAAAGACGUAUUUGCAAUCAUUGAUAAGCAGUAUAAAGAUGCAUUUGCAGGAAUAAGUUUUGGUGUUGCUUUAUCCGAUACUAGCUUGGAUUGGCUACCUCCUCAGUCGAAAUGUCCACCUCCUGUACAAGAAUCAGCUUUGUUUUUGACGAGCCUAUUUGAUAAGAAGCGAGAGGAUAUAAUCGUAUUGAAGAAUGAACAAGAUGAGAGAGAGAAAGAAGAAGAAGCCAUAUCAAAAACAUGA